AUGCUUUCGUUUUUUACCUUCUUUCCGCGCUAUGCCACAGAGCAUCCAGUCGCCAAGUUAGAUGUAGUCUCAUCUUCAGGGCAACAGCAACAGCAGCUGCAACAACAGCAGUCAAUUCCCCCAGUUUCAUCCUCCAGUGGACAGCAGAGACAUACGCAGGACGACGCAAGCCGUAGCGCCCUCGUUGCCUCCCGUCGGAUCACCGGUGCUGUCGCCGCCGCUGUGCCUCAAUCACCCUCCUUCUCUUCCGGCCUCCAUCUUCCCUCCUCCGCUGCCAAUGCUGUGUCUACUGGUGGUGAAUCUGUUGGUAUUGCCUCAGGGAGAGCUGAGUCAAACAAGCCGCCAUCACAACUCCUCCCAACUACUGUUGAAGUGGCUCCCUCUCCCCAGCAGUCCCAGCUGUCACAGCAACAACACGAGGAGACGCCGGAGGUGCAUGUCUACAAGAAGCGCUUCAACUCGGAGAUCCUCUGCGCUGCUAUGUGGGGCGUCAAUCUCCUCAUUGGUCUUGACACCGGGCUUUCCCUUCUUGACCGGUCUGGCGAGGGGAAAGUUUACGUUGUCUCCUCUGACAAGUUGAGUAAGAACGUGAGAUUCACCGCCAAUUAG